AUGUCACUGUGGAGUAUUGAGGUUUUGCAGCUAGCGAAGUGCAACAAUGAGCAUGAGCUCUACGAUCUGGAUACCGAUCCACAUCAAAUGACGAAUCUUUUGUCGGAAAAUGAGAAAGUCUCCUUAUCACAUCAUAUACUAGGGAUAGGCAUCCCAAAAGUGGUUCUAAGAUUGGACUCGCUGCUUCUGGUUCUCAAGUCCUACAAGGGCAAAGUAUGCGUCACUCUGUGGAAGGCGCUGCAUCCUAAUAGAGCAGUCAAUUGUUUGAAAGAUGCGUUAAAUGAGGUAUAUGAUCAUUUCUAUGAGGCGGAGCAGAGUACAAGAGUUGUUUUCGAUGAAUAUAUGCGUGGGUACCUUCUCCAUGCCGAGGGCCCGCAAUUCGACUUUGAUCGUGACGGGCAGGGAAACAAUCUUAUACGCGAUGGCCUACUAUGGCACGAAUGGGUCUGA